AAGCUGUUUGGAGAUGAAAAACAGAAAUUAUUAGUUGCGUUUUAUUUAAUUAUGCACUAAAGUUAGAGCAAAUUACGACAUGAAUUGCAAUAAAAUUAGGCUAAAAAAGUUUGAGUCAUGGUUUAAAUCAUUAUUACAAAGUCCAUUCGGAUUGGCGGCCAUCUUUUUUUUCAUUUCCUAUUACUCAUAUAUAUAUAUAUAUAUAUACAUAUACACUAUAUUUUCUCAUUUGCUGUUGCGCCAUUGUUGCUGCCGUCUUCGUUCCUUCUCUUCGUUUGCCUUUCAUGUGAACGCCAUUAAAUGAAAUACCAAACAAAACAGAAAAAAAUGAACAAAUGUCGAGAAUAAUCGGAGAAAAUCUUUGCUGAAUGGACUGCAUCGCUCCACAAAAUUAUUUGCAUUCGAUGGCAAAUGAUUCGAAAAUCAUAAUGAGCAUUUUAGUUUUUCCAUUGGCCCAUCCAUUCGAUGGUAAAUCGAAAAUUUUCUAUUUGGUAUUGCUAACAAAAAUUUUCAAUUCUAUUCCAAUGAAUCAGAGCCAGUUGUUACGCGUAAACGAGAAAAGCUAGCAGCACGGGAACCGAUGUACCAUCGAAUAAAAUAUCGAGCUAACAGUUAAACAUCAAGGCGAAACAAAAAUGAACACACACAUACAUCGAGCACAACGAGUGCAUUCGUGUGUUGGUGUGCCCGUCAAAUGCGAGCCGCCGUUUGUGUGGUGCUAAUCAAGUGAAAACGAAUGUCCGUAGUGUGUGAUAUGUGUGUAUGUGUAUGUGCGCGCUUAUUUCAUCAUUAUAUCGCACUUAUACAUCCAUGCCGCAUGUGUGCUAGAGUGAAACAACCAUUUUCACUUUGUGGCGUAUAAACGCGAAACAUCUCACCCGCCGCCGCCAUUUUUAGGUCAAGUGAAGCCUGUAUAAAUGCUCUCUUUCUCGCUCUGGCUCCCCAUAUCUCUCCAUUCCGAUGAGUAUGAAUUCUCAUUAAAUCGACUCGGGAAAAAAAAAACUUUAUUCAUUGAUUAGUAGCGUGUGUGUGUCUUUAGUGUUAAGCCAGCGAGUGUGUUCGCGUUUUCAUUUUCAUUUCGAACGAAAUAAAUUAUUGAAUUUAUUUUCAACAAAUCAUUUUAAACAUAAUCACAAGAGGUAAAUUUAGUGACAAAGAUGCACUGAGUGAAUUAGAUCCAAUUUGAAUCGACGUCCAUCGCCGACUGAGUCGGCCGUACCAUUUUUUUUUUCUAUUCCGUUUUUGUGUGUGUUGCGUUGAACGUAAAAGAGACAUAUUUUUUUUCUGCAUGAGCAGUAGCAGCAGCAGCAGCACUAGUAGCCGUAUUGGCAGUAACAGUGAGUUACAGUAACCGUCGUAGCGAGCGCCGCCAUGUUUGGGAGUCACCGAACACUUUUUUUUAUUUAUUAUUGACUGGCAAAACGACAAUAUCCAUAAUUAAUAAGAGCGCAUCGUCGAAUUGCACCAGAAACGCAUUUCAGUUGCAUCCAAUUCGGAUCAAUAAACGAAAAAAAGAAUAAACCAAUUCGGUCGUAAAUUUAUCUCCACAAACUCAACGGACGCGUAUUUACAGAACGCAAACCAAGCCAAAUACCGACAAUUAGCCCACAGAAGAAAAAAAAAAUCCGAUAAAUGCGUCGUCGUCGUCGUCGAAUGAGAGAAAAAAUAAAGAAGUCGUAAACGAAAAAGUGAACGGGAUCUCAAUUGUGUGAAAGUCAAUGGUUAUGACAAAGUGUGUGUAUACAUACUGAAUACAUUAUUCUUCUUCUUGUGCCAAUGAUUAAAAAACAAUGAACAUUUGCACGGGUUUCGUUUGUCUCUUAUUUGUCAAAGUCAGUACUGUUUACUUGUCAAUAAGAAAUGAAGACAUUUACAAUCGACGGUGCAAAUAAAAGAAAUUGUCUACCGACGGAGUUUGUUAUUAUUCCAACAUUUGCUAUUUUGAUGCUGUCGAUUUCAUCAGAACGAAGUGAGUUUUAAACAAAAACGCAAUCGAACUAUCAUAGAAAGAACUUUGAAUGUUUAAUGACUUAUAAAUGAUCUGCCUGAGCUGACCUGUAUUUCAAUUGAUUGAUUACGUCUGAAUUGUCUGCAUUCAAGCAGUAUGCAGCAAGGGACAGAAUCUUCAUCGGCUGCAGUUCCUCAGGGCGUUCCGCCGAGACCGCUGACUGAGAAAAAGGAUUUUCCGCCAUCGGCACCAGCUAUAAUGGAGCAGAGUAAAGAAGUGACACGUACCGCUGAUCCAUCGCCCAGAGUUGAUGGGAUUUCCGAUCCAGUAAACGGUUCAGUACAACCACCUGUUAAUCCGCCGCCCGAUCGACCGGGCCGAAAUACAAAUCAGUUGCACUUCCUUGCGAAAACGGUCAUGAAAGAUGUCUGGAAGCACAAAUUCUCAUGGCCAUUCCAGCAACCUGUCGACGCAAAGAAAUUGAAUCUUCCCGAUUAUCAUAAAAUCAUAAAGCAAGCAAUGGAUUUGGGCACGAUAAAGAAGCGAUUGGAGAACAAUUACUACUGGAGUUCAAAAGAGUGCAUUCAAGAUUUCAACACAAUGUUCACAAAUUGUUAUGUGUACAAUAAACCGGGUGAAGAUGUUGUCGUUAUGGCACAAACACUGGAAAAGGUAUUCCUUACAAAGGUGGCACUGAUGCCAAAGGACGAGAUUGAAAUCGAGAGUCGCACAUCGAAUAAGAACAAGAAGAAGACGACACCGCGUGCAAGCACCGGCGCCACACCAUUGCCAAGCCCGAUCGGACCGACUGUAGCGGCUGUCGGCAUCAAUCGUGGCCGACCUGCAUCAUCAUUGGGCUCUGUGACAACAUCAACCGCACCACCAAGUGUAUUAGGUCCAAAUAUACCACCAAUUGGCACAUUGCCACCGACAACGAUACCAGGAAGCACGAACACGACAACAACCGCAAUGAUACCGCCGAUUCAACAGCAAUUCGCACAGCAGAAAGGUGCCGUUCCGCCAAUGGGAGGUAUUCCACUGAAUGCACUUGCUGCACUCCAGCAACCACAAUAUCAAAUGAACAAAACACCACAGCCGGGAUUGGAUUCAGUUAUGCCACCGCAACAGCCCGCUAAAAUGAAGAAAGGUGUGAAAAGAAAAGCCGAUACAACAACGCCAGCCAACUCAUUCGAAACGUCGUAUUCUCUCACCGAUCCUGCGAAAAGUGCAAAAGUCGCAACACGACGGGAUUCGGGACGACAGGAAAUGGCACCUUAUCCACCGAGCGCUUUCCCAAUGUCACCGAUGACGCCGCAUCAAGCCGCUACACCCAAGAACAAGGGAAAAUUAUCGGACGCCUUAAAAGCAUGUAAUGAAAUCCUAAAGGAAUUGUUCUCAAAGAAGCAUUCAGGAUACGCAUGGCCGUUCUAUAAGCCGGUCGAUGCUGAAUUGCUGGGACUGCAUGACUAUCACGAUAUCAUUAAGAAACCAAUGGAUCUGGGCACGGUGAAAAAGAAGAUGGACGAUCGCGAGUACAAGAGUGCGGCCGAAUUUGCCGAUGAUGUUCGACUGAUCUUCACAAAUUGUUACAAGUACAAUCCGCCCGAUCAUGAUGUCGUUAUGAUGGGCCGAAAAUUGCAAGAUGUUUUCGAAAUGCGAUUUGCAAACAUUCCCGACCGAGACUCGCCACCCCGCAACACAUCGUAUCAGCGUCAAACACACAAACAACUGAAUUCAUCGGACGAUGAUUCAAGUGACGAAGGUGUCGAAUCGAAUUCAGAUGAUGAGCGAACAAUGAAAAUUAAAACGCUGGAAGCGCAACUGUCAUUGUUACAAAAUGAAAUUCAAAAAUUGAAAGAUGAACAAUCGAACAAACGAAAGACGAAGAAAAAGGUUAAAGACAAAAAGAAACCAACGGCUUCGGUAAGCAUGCCAAUGAUGUCAACCAUGCCCAUCAGUCACACACCAAUCAGUCAUAAUGCGAUCGCAGCCGCUGCCAAAGCACAAAAUCCAAUGGCAGCCAUGCAAGCGAUGGGAGUGAAUCCAGCCGCAAUAACGCCAGCAACAACAGCCAAAGGAGCUAAGCCGAAAGGACAGCGAGCUCCGAAAGCGAACGCGGGACAGGGUCCACCAGCCAAACGAGGAAAAGCCGCCGCUGGUGCGAAUGCGCCGGCUGCUGCACGUGGUGCAAAUAAGAAGAAACCAACAGUGCCGACAACCAACUUCGAUUCGGAAGAAGAGGACACUGCUAAACCAAUGUCAUAUGAUGAGAAACGCCAACUGUCAUUGGACAUCAAUAAACUACCGGGCGACAAACUUGGUCGAGUUGUUCAUAUCAUACAGAAUCGUGAGCCAUCACUUCGUGAUUCCAAUCCCGAUGAAAUCGAAAUUGAUUUCGAAACCCUGAAACCGUCUACACUUCGUGAACUGGAGAGCUAUGUUGCCACAUGUCUUCGUAAAAAAACUCGUAAGACUUACUAUAAGAAGGUGUCUGGCAAAUCAAAGGAUGAGCAAAUGGCUGAAAAGAAGCAAGAGCUUGAAAAGCGACUACAGGAUGUGACUGGUCAAUUGGGCUCAGCUAAAAAGGCUGCAAAGAAAGUUGAGGAUGCAGCUGCUGGCAAACUCGAUGCAGUUGUACCACCUGCUGGUCAUCUGUCAUCAAGUUCAAGUUCAAGUGAUUCAUCGUCGUCUAGUUCCAGCGAUAGUAGUUCAAGCGAUUCGAGUGACAGUGAAGCAGGUUCGACGACGAGGACACCGCGAAAGAAGAAACCGAAAGAUUCGCCAUCACCUGCAAAUCGACCGGGCCCUUUACCCAAUCUGCCAUCAGCGAACAAACUCACAUUACUGAAUACACCAAAUCUGUCGAAUGCUCCUGGAUUCGCAACGUCAACACCACAACCGCCACCAAAUCAAGUGCAACAUACUCAAUCAGCGUUACCACCAAUGCCAUCAUUAGUAAAUAGUCUGCUGCCCCAACCACAGCAACAACCGCAACCGCAACCGCAGCUGUCGCAACAACCAGCCCAAACGCUGAAAACGUCACUGUCGCAACCGCCACAAAAUAUGGUGCAAAAUCAGAACACAUUGAAUAAUAAUGACAUGAACCAGGCGUUCUCCACACAACCAAUGAAUCCCAAUAUGAAUCUUAGCAAUAUGCUAGACAACAAAAACCACGGAUUGCCAUCUUUAAAUCCAAUGAUGCCACCAAUGAAUUCGAUGAGCGAUAAAUCGGUCUUGAAUAUGCUGCCAAAUUUCGAUGAUCCAGUCGAACAAUCGUUGGCCUCCCUUGAACAAACGUUAGGAUGUUUUGAUAAUCCACAUAACAAUGGCUUCAACUUGGAUUCAACGCUAAAUAAUUUGAAUGGAAUGACCAACGUUCCGUCAUCCGUAUCAAAUAACAGUAUGAUGAUGGGAUUGCCAUCGUUAUCACAAUCGAACACCUUGCCACCGGUUACAUCGGAUUCAAUAUCAACAUCGUCGGACCAACGUGGUUUUAUGCCAGGUUUGACAACAUCAUCCGGAAAUAUGCCACCGCUCCAAAUGAACAAUUCUGUGAAUGCAACAGCACCAAUCAACAGCAAUAAUAGUAAUAAUAGUAUGAAUAGCUCAAUGCAAUCGACUGGCAACGGAGUGACAACACCAAAUUUAGGUGUGGGUGCAUUCCGGCCGAAGCCCAUCGAAGAGCUGUUGAUGCCCCAACAUGACAAGAAAAGUACUCCACCACCAGCGUUACCACCGCAAAUGCCGAUGAGUGAUCAAAAACCGAAUUUGGCAAAUGCAUUUAACAAGAGCAUGGAUCCAGCCAUAAAAAAUACAAUCGCAAGCUCAUGGUCAUCGCUAGCGGCAGCUGGUUCACCACAAAGCACACCGACAUCCAGUAAGCCGAAACCCACGCCGGUCAUGGAUUCAUUCCAGCAGUUCAAAAACAGAGCCAAAGAGAAAGCCGAUCGACAAAAGCUACUUGAGCAACAAGAGAUGAAACAACGCAGUCACAAAGAGGCCGCUGAGAAGCGACAACAAGAGCAACAGAAGAAGAGAGAAGAAAUUGACCGGAGGCAACCGUUGGAUCAGAUACUGGGGCGUGAUGAUUUGAAAGCAUCGCCACAGGGAAGUGGUUCACCAGGAACGCCGUCGGCUAAUGAUCGGGCAGCUGCAAAACGAGCCGAGCUAAGGCGACAGGAACAAGAGCGUCGACGACGAGAGGCGUUGGCGGGUCAAAUUGACAUGAACAUGCAAAGCGAAAUGAUGGCAGCUUUCGAAGAGUCGUUAGAGCGUGGUGGUCGAUAAAAACCGAUUGGGAUUGCAUAAAUUGAAGGUGAACAGCAAGAGUCAGUUUGCUUUCGUUUCAAAUGGACACCAGAUAAAACCCACGAAACACCGAGUUUGAUUUAGAUUUUAUGGAAUUUAUUAUAAUGAGAUGAACAUAUUAAUCAACCAACUGUAUAUGUACAGAUAAGGAUACAUAGGAAAAUAAGUAUAAAUGGAUUAGAAAGAAAGAAAGAAAAACCAGUCGAAACAACGGUUUUCAGUUUCAAAUUUAGUUUGAAAGUAAUGAACACAUGUUAAGAAUAUAAACUAAAUUCAAAAGCAAAUGUCUCUUAUUCAUAUUCUGUCUACAAAAUAGUAAAAAAAGAAACCGCAUAAUGAUAAGCAUUAAACAUUUCUACCCAAUCA